CAUACGUAAUAUACAACUUCUUUCUUCAUCAUACGAUUCAAUCUUAGUAUUAUUAUAAUUCCAAUUUAUCAUAUAUAUUAUUUAUCAUGGUAUCAGAGCCAAAUCCUGGAAUUUUUUCAUACUGAUAAUUGAUAUCCCGAAAAGAUGGUGGUUGGCGAUGAAGCCGGCGGCGGCGGUAACACGUCGGUCAUAGAUUGCAUGUCCCCAUAUUACAUCCAAUCCGGUGAUAAACCGGGGGAUGUGUUCGUGACUUCACUUUUACGAGAUGGUAAUUACGGCGACUGGCUCGAUGAAAUGAGCAACGCCUUGUAUGCCAAAAAUAAAAUUGGCUUCGUGAAUGGAGACUUGCCGAUGCCGGAGGCAAAAUCACCCUAUUUACCAUAUUGGCAGCGGGCCAACGCGAUGGUUAAGGCGUGGCUCAACAGUAGCAUGGAGCUAUUUCUGCGACAAAGCGUCAAAUUCAAGACGGCACGUGAAAUCUGGACGGAUCUUGAAGAACGUUUUGGAAAGGAGAGCGCACCACGAGCAUAUGAAUUAAGGUGUUCACUUGGAGCCAUUCGGCAGGAUGGGCAGUCCGUGUCGGCUUAUUUUAGUCGACUCCGGCGCGUAUGGGAUGAAAUGGUGUCAAUCAUAAAGGACCCAACUUGUUCUUGUGGAAAGUGUUCUUGUGAUAUCACUAAAAAAUUCAAUGAAGCCCGUGAUCGAGACCAUUUAUAUGAUUUUUUAAUGGGUUUGGAUGGAUAUUAUGGGACACUCAAAUCUCAAAUUCUUGCUACCAGGCCCAUACCAACACUGACUGCGGCUUAUCAUCUCAUCUCAGAGGGGGAGCAGCAUCGCAUCAUCGCUAGUUCACGGAAAGCCGGACCUGAAAUCUCGGCGUUUCAGGCUCAACCUAAUCCUUCUUCAGAUCCAAACCGAAAAUUGGGUGCUGGGACAGACAGCCGUUAUUGUACUAAUUGUGGAAAAUCAAAUCACACAGUUGACACGUGUUUUGAAAUAAUAGGCUACCCGGCUACCUGGAACGUGCGAAACAGAGACACCAAACCUCAAGGAGCUCGUUCUACACUGCCACGUGAUCGCAUGGGAAACUUGCAUAAAAAAGGUGGUCAACCAAGGGCUGCACAUGUUGACCAAGUUAACAUAAAUACACUUGGUUUCUCACGUGAUCAACUUCAGUGCCUAGCACAGUUGGUACGUGAUGAAUUUAAAGGAAAAGGACUCACUCAAGAGGAGCCCCCUAUUACCCAGGUCAACAUGGCAGGUACCACCAAACUUCGGCCAACAUGGAUUAUAGAUUCCGGGGCAACGGAUCACAUCACGCACGAUGAAUCUUUAUUAUCCAAUGUUAUGGCAAGUCCAUCGGAGCCCCCGGUUCGGAUACCUAAUGGCCUUACCCUCGAGGAAGCCGAUUGGAGUGGGUAGAUUCUACAAUGGCUUAUAUUACUUGGAAUCCUUUACUGGUGAGCGAGUGGCAAUGUCUGCUUCCACACAUGCUGAGGUUUGGCAUCAACGUCUCGGUCAUGCGUCGGAUAAAAACUUCGCCACAUCAAUCUCCUGCAAGGUUUCAAGCGAAGUACUAUUUUCUGUGAUUCUUGUGUACGAGCUAAACAGACUCGUCUUCCUUUUCCCCGUAGCAGUAUUAAAACUACACGUUGUUUUGAAUUAAUUCAUUGUGACAUUUGGGGAGGGUACAAUUGUCGUUCCCUCACCGGAGCACGCUAUUUCCUUUCUAUUGUUGAUGACUUUACCCGUGGCGUUUGGGUUUACCUUAUGAAAAAUAAGUCCGAUGUUGGGCAAUUUCUAAUGCAUUUUUAUAACAUGGUGUGUACUCAAUUUGAUCAGUGCAUCAAAUGCAUUCGUACUGAUAAUGGCGUUGAGUUUCAGACCCAUGCAUUACUUGAUUUUUAUAGCACUCAUGGAAUUAUUCUAGAGACCUCUUGCACUGAAACGCCACAACAAAAUGGCGUCGUAGAGCGCAAACAUCGUCACAUUCUUGAGGUAGCCAGAGCCUUGCGUUUUCAGUCCGGGUUACCCGUUGAAUUUUGGGGUGAGUGCAUUCUUACUGCAGUUCAUAUUAUAAAUCGGCUACCUGCACCCAUCAUUUCUAACAAGACCCCAUAUGAAUUAUUAUUUCACAAAGUACCCAAUUACAUGCACCUCCGGAGUUUUGGGUGUCUUGUUUAUGCUCACAAUAACAAGAGAAAGGACAAGUUUGAUGAAAGAGUGAGCCCUUGUAUUUUUGUGGGAUAUCCUAAUGGGCAAAAGGCCUACAGAGUUUUUGAUUUAUAUACUCA